AUGAAUGCUAAAGAAAGCGCAUGUCUAAUUAAAUGCCCUGGGGAGAUAUGCCGCCUCAUUUUCACGCACCUCCUGCAAGAGGACCUUCCUGCUGUGUGCUUAUCUCACAGGGCCCUACGCGUCCAUGCUGAACCUCUUCUGUACGAAGGUGUCUACUUUGAAUGGAGGGAGGAGUGCUAUCAUCCCAUCACGUCGUUCCUUCGCAGCACCACACUCCGGCCGCAAUUAGCUGCGUAUGUGCGCUACUUUGAAUUGACAGGUGGAUAUGGCUAUGACAAGCCUCUAGACCAGGCCCCUAAAAUCUUGCUUUCCGAGUAUGCGCUUGAAGGGCCGCUAUUGUGGGUGGCCCGGAGGACAAAUAUUCCAUAUCGGGAAUCAUGGAUGGAAGAGUUACGCAAUGGAACCAUGGAGGCCUUCAUUGCCGUGGUAAUUUCGCAAACGACUCAUCUGGAGACAUUGAAUAUUUGGCCAGACUUAAUCAGAGGAACCUGGCUUAUUGGCGAGGUGCUACGGUCAAUGGUCUUCCGCCAUGCUGACCACGGGUUGCCCUCUCAGUUGAAACAGCUCAGGAACGUGUCCAUGCGGGAGAAUGCAACCAGUCGUGACCAGACUGUCGAACACUACCGAAAUUCAAGACGCGCAGCCGACUUACUACUUCCGUUUUUUUAUUUGUCAUCUGUUGAGCGAAUCGAGGCUGAGAUUGAUAACCCAGUCGAGCUUUCCUGGCCUACCAAGCAACCCCCUCGCUCAAAUGCUACUUCACUGGAACUAUUUCACCUGCGAGAGUCAUUUCUCGCACAAAUAUUGUCAGCCACCGAGAACCUUCAAUCGCUUCGUUGGGAAUGGUACUAUGACGACCGUUUCGAUGAUGGCUACGCUCUUAUGCCUCUUUGUCGACCUGAAUAA